UGCUGCUGCGGCCCACGGGCAAUGUGCUUUUGUAUUCGGUGUUGUUGGUGAUUGGGGCCGGCGGCAACUCGCUGUGAGGUGCUUCGCUUCGGGGCCCGAUGCCGCCCAAAAAGAAAGACAGGCCUCCCGUCGAAGCACCCAAGCCGCAGCAGCAGCAGCAGCCACAACGUCCCGAACAGCCACAGCAACAUGCCUGCGUUGACCAUGAGCUAUUCCUCCAGGCUUUCGAGAAGCCGACACAAAUUUACAGGUAUCUACGAACUCGGCAUGUAGCAUCGCCAAUUUUUCUUCAUAGGACAUUAACUUAUAUGAGUCAUCGUAUGUCACGGAAUCAUAAGAAUAGGAAAAAUUUUAAAGUAGACAGCCUUCUACAACGAGUACAAGCACAGCAAGACCCAUCAUCAUGCAGAGCACCAAGCCAAAUGACAUUGACAUUCACCGGAUUUUUUGACCGUUCGACAAAGAGGGACAUGGUCACAGCGGAAGCGGUCAUACUAAAGAUUUGCAACAAGAAGAAGAAGGAGCUGGAACUGCCGUUGUCGCAGCUUUCAGCUCCGUUUGUCUAUCACGUGCCAGUGGGGAGCUGCGAGGUGCCGCACAACCCUGACGGAGCUGCGCACGCCAGUGCCACCUCCGGUGCCCGCUCGACCGUCAUCACGGUGCCCGGCAACAGCUUCUGCCCGAACGGAACCGGUCUGGUGCGGUCCUAUGUGCUGCUGCUGCGUGUGACCGCUGGCGGUCAAGUCAGCGAGGGUGACGCUGGAGUUCCUCCGGCCGAACCACCAUCCAAGAAGGCACGGCGCAACGGAUGCCACCGUUCACCGCCUUCUGGUGCCGUAGGCGGAACUGGUGGCAGCGCUUCGGCGGAAGAGAGCCGCCACUAUGUGGGUGAGAUGGUGGUGUAUGAGCAGCAGCGUUGCCUCCUCAGCGAGGGUGAAUACCAGCUGAUGCUGAGGCCCUGGGGACCAAAGGCAGCACCUCUCGCCCGAACAGCAUCUUGGGAAAGCCUCAACAACUCCGAGAGUACCCCACCACUUGAAGCAUUUGAGAAGUGCCCCAAAGUUGCAUUCCGGUUGAUCUGGGGUCCGUCUGAGGAGAGCGCGAAUGCGGAGACUGUGGACCAGGUUCGAGCGACCCGGCCCGUCUUGUCACCCGUAGAACUGAACGUGGCUGAACCUGGGCACAAGCAGACGCGCAGCAGACGCAAUGGAGAGUUGAAGGCAAGUCAGCAGCAGCAGAUACAGCCGGCGAGCAGCGGACCGGAGCAGAAGAGUCUGAGCAAGGCAGGCCAGCGCACGCGAGUGGUGUACCAGUUUGUGUACCAGCAGCAGACGCGGCAGCAGACGGAGGCACGAGGCGAUAUGCGCUGCCCCUGGUGCCUGCUGCAGUGUCGCCUGCUGGCUGCCCUCCUCAAGCACCUCAAGCUCUGCCACGGGCGCUUUGCAUUCUCCUAUGUGCCUCACCCAAAAGGAGCGCGCAUCGAUGUCUCCAUCAACGAGAGCUUCGACGGAUCGUACUCCGGCAACCCGCAGCACCUGCACACUCAAACGGGAUACGCCUUUGGCUGGACGGGGCCGGCUCGGCGCACGCCCGUCACCUGCGUCUUGGUCUGCCGGCCCAAGAGAGCACCCCUGAGUCUGUCGGAAUUCAUGGAGCAAGAGGAGCCGGACAUCGAGCAGCCACGGCCGUACAUCUCUGGGCACAACAGACUCUACUAUCACACGGAAACGUGCCUACCCAUCAGGCCUGAGGAGAUUGACGAAGACAGUGAAGCUGAGAAUGAUCCCGAGUGGCUGCGCACCAAGACCCAGAUGAUGAUCGACGAGUUUACUGAUGUAAACGAAGGAGAGAAAGAGCUGAUGAAGAUGUGGAACUUGCAUAUCAUGAAAUAUGGGUUUGUCGGCGACUGCCAGAUAGCGCUUGCCUGCAACUCGUUCGUCGAGAUGAAGGGCCAAGAGCUCAUUCAGCGAAACCUGUACCGCAACUUCGUCCUGCACAUGUGCAACCUGCUUGACUAUGGCCUGGUCAGUGCCUCUGUUGUCUACACGACCGUCAAGAAUCUGCAAGUGUACUGUGACGUCAGAGACCGCCGAUUGCAACUCCCUGCCGCUCAUUCGUCGACCGCUCAUUCGUCGACCGCUCAUUCGUCGGCCGCUCAUUCGUCGGCCGCACAUUCGUCGGCCGCUCAUUCGUCGGCCGCACAUUCGUCGGCCGCUCAUUCGUCGGCCGCUCAUUCGUCGGCCGCUCAUUCGUCGGCCGCUCAUUUGUAGAGACGCUUUUUCGACCUCGUGCCGGAAAUGGCACGGUGUACAGUGACGCGAGUUUUCCGCCAAGCGCCGAAGACUGCAAAAUGGAAUGUAACACUCUAAAGAGUCCCAGUGUUUCGGGGGCCGCGAAUGGGGCAACGCUUGUCGUUUAUGGAGUAGAGUGGUGCCCCUUGUGAAAGUGGGGUUGAGGGUGUGAGGCGUGUAGUGGGAGGUGCUUGUACCUUCAGAGCCCUUCUGCCACUGUGCCUCAAAGGCAUUCUGCAGGUACGGAUGUCUUGUCUUUCCUCGAUUGCCAUGAUUUGGGAACAGGACUGCUUUUAUAUGUGUUCCUUGAGAUAGACUGGCUGAAACACUUCACAGAACAUUGUGUGGAAAGCCCCAGGGACAUAGAUAGCCUAAUUAGUGAGGUACGGAGAAAUGGGAUGAGGCAGUGCUUGGGCAGAUGCACAGUUCAAUUGGUAAAACUUUGACCAGCCACCACGUGAGCGUGCCAUUGUUCUGCCUGCACCGUAAACCAAUCACAAAGGUUUUUCCUGAUGUCUAAAGAGGUACCGAACGGAGCGCGACAUUUCGAAGCAUGAGAAGAUGCGGUGUCCGUUUGGUGCACUCCCAAGAUCAACGGCCGGUACGGCUGGCACCGGCAUGUGACAUGCCUUAACUGGUGUAGUACAAAAACUAGCCCAGAGGACCACAACCUGCCGAGCCCUCUACCGCAGUGGGAAAGAACAUCCUGAGUGGCGGGACCAUCGUUGUGCUCUGUUAGGUGUUUGGAGCACUUGUAAUGUUUUAAGCUAGACGUACUUUCACAAGCAGACCAUACUUCAGCAAGUGUUGCGUAAUGGCCUUGCUAAAGACUCUGUCGGAUGCUUUCGCGAGUCGAAAGCUCUUGCAAGCUCUGGUUUGUUUCUUAUGUGAUUACUUACCAGGUUCUUGAAAACUUGUAUAUUUGGUGAGCUCUUUUUUUUUUUUCUAAUUGUUUCCUCAAGGCUUCUUCUGCCUUGGUGGGCCACUUUUGUCCACUUUUGUCUUUAGGAAAAAGGUGCACUUGAUAUGGCUGUCAAGUCGAAUGGAUGAAGACCAAUGUGCAGAUGUGUGAAUAUGUUGCGUUCAGGGUAACGCUGUUUUUAGAGGGCGAUUGCCGUAGUAAUGUAUGAAGACUGCCCGUCAGUGUUUUAAAAGGUGGCGAAAACCAACUUUUGUUUCUAUUGUAAAUUUAUAGAGCUGUUUUUCAGGCAGCUUUUCGAAAAACUGGUCUCUGUGUGGCUGAUUUCUGUACACUAGUGAAGUUGGUGUUGUCUGUAUGUACUGAUUAACGGAACUGCAGUGAGUGAAAAAAUGCAAGUGACUUGUGCAAACUGCGUUAGUCUGUCGCCAGUGUGGUAGUAUUGUUCCCGAAGUGUCCCACCAAGCCGUGUGUAGUUGUAGCGACAGGUCUCCUGUGUAUUGGGUGAUGGUUUAACGGAGUGGACUUUGAUAUGCCUCGAUGAGCGGUGGGGUUAUGAUGCCAAAUGAAAAAAGAAAAAAAAAAACUGCCAGCACGUACUGUGUUCAUGUCACAUUUGCGAGAUUAUCAGUAGUAAUAUGUAGUAGUAAGCAAUUUGAAUAGUUAGCUCUUUGAGCCUGUUACCACGUUUCUGCUUCUUCAUCUGUGAACUUAUUCUCCUCUUGUAUCCGUGUUGUGAACUUGCAUUGUGGUAACCACUUAAGUCCUGUCAGAUUUGGAGCUGGUUUGCAUGCACGAUAGUGGAAUUCCAAGAAUGGAGCACCAGUGGUGGUGUGAAGAAGAGUUGCUGUGUUUUCAAGGUGUCAUGGGCCACAAUGUCCGAGACGUCGUCCACAGUUAAGUUGACCACAUCAUUCACACGUUUUCACUACAGAAGAUUGCUAUUCGUGGUUAAUGUGUCACGAUUUCAUUUGGAAUGUUAUCAGUACUUGGAAGGCUUGGGUAUGGGUACCUAAAAUGUGUAGAAAUUUAUUGAUGUGAUAAUUUAGAUGCUCAGUUGCUGUUCCCAUUUAUCCCGGCUUUUUUGUCAAUGUGGUAGCAAGAACUUUCCUCUGGGACCUCUACGUUGUUUGGUGAACACCGCUUGGUUGCGCAAGGUUCUGGGGAGCAUCGUGUUGUUUGAGCUUGCAUCAUGAUAUUUCCACACUUUACACCCGUGGAAAAUCGUUGUUUGCGGAUAUGGUUAUGUUGUAUGAGCUAAAUAGCUUGGCAACCCUGAUUAACGGCCAUUGAAAGGAGACUGAGAACCAGUCAAGGAAAUACAUAUUGCAAAGGCUUCAGGGUAUAGUACUAGGACGAGAAUUUCUGUGUGUUAUCUUGCCGUUUCCUGCCGUGCAGUUUCCUGUAGCACCGUUUCUCUUCAAAAGUUGUGUAAUUGCUUGAGUUUUUAUUCUGAAAUCGAUGUGUUCUGCCUUGAUAGCUUUUCGUGGCGUGCUUUAGUUCAAACAAUUUUAGCACUUUUUGUUUUUAGUAUACAAAAGCAAGGCUUCAGACAAGGCCAGUGUGAGAAGAGAGCAGCUUAUCUGUGCUCAAACAGCCUUAAUGUGUUGUUCUUACACAGAAAUGUAAAAUUUGCCUCGUAGGAGAUUUCCAGUUCAUUUGGUGGGGCCAUUUUUGAAGUGAUUUGUAUAAACACAAAUUAAGGUUGUAAAACUGUUUGAGUUGUUUGUAUUAUGGAUUUAUUGUGAAGCUUUAGCUCCGUUCCUUCAACUUUUGCAAGUGUUAGCUGUCUGUGGCACUUAUAAACAGUUUUCAGUUUGCAUGAAGAACAUUCAAAAUUUAGUCCUUAAACCUACAUGAAACCUAGAACGUUGGUAUUGACUUGGCUAGUCAAUAAAAAGUAUGCUUUCAUUUAUACUGUGCAAAAGCUACAGUUGCACGAAUUUUGUGAAAGCACAAAAUUCAUGUGUUACUACCAUCUAUCAAGCGUACAGGUGUUGGUCGCUGGUCAGUGCGUUUGUGAGAUAGUUUUGGUGCCAUGUGCGAGUGUGCAACUUUUGUAAAUCACUGCCACAGUAGUGCUUUUUCUUACAUGACAUCCCCACUUCACCCCUGUACCAUAUAGUUUUCAUAUUUCUACUAUUACCACCAUAUAAAAGUGGCACUUAUACCAGCAGGAAUUUCAGCAGCUUUCAUUAAAACUUUCUCACGCCAAAAGUGACGUUUAAGUUGGGUUUUGGUGAUUGCUCCAGCCUUAAAGGCCUGGAAUAAUCGUGGCAGAUCCACGGUCUAGCCAGAGCUGUCUAGAAUGCAUAGCACAGGGCUAUGUCAGGCAUCCGUCAGGAUCCGUCCACCGCCCUCUCCCAUAGCAACUGCUGUGGGCGUGCGCGUCCCUAGCAACCGGAGCCCCCACCAUGCCGUGCUUUGGCGACGGCAGCUGGCAGCAACAGCUGCUAGCGCGCACGCUCAUUGUCGCCCCUAACAAUCGGAGCCCCCACCUCCUUGACUUGAACGUGACUUGCCACUGCCUCAAAGCAGUGCAUUUGAAAGGCGUUUGUAGCAUUCGUGCUGCCUUGGCACAGCCUGAAAACAGCGAGUUCUCAACGCAUUUUUUUAACCAGGCACGCUAGCUACUAGAGCUGGAAACGCAUGCCGUGUCUCUCACGACAGAAAAACGCCACGUGUGGUGAACGGCGCUAUAAGCUGCACGAUCUAAGAAAAAAAGAAAACAUUAUUCUUCUAACGCUGGGUUCUCAAGUGCUAAACGCCGUUAUGGAUGCUACGCAAUGCAUUUCCUCACGAUUCCCUUUAGGGAGGUGGGGGCACUCUUUUUUCCUUUUCUACAUAGACCUGUGGUCAUAUGCAAACGAGCAUGGAACAGUUCAUAAAUAGUUCAAAGGACCAGACACCCAUCUUGUCGUUCACUACGAAUUCAGCUGGCCCCUGAGAAAUGUCAGGCCGCAUAGUUCUUAAAAGGAUGGGUACCCUGUCUGUUACUGGCCCUCACACUCAAUGUACCUAUUCAUAAAUAAGAAAGCUGCUGUUUCUACGCAAGUGAUGUGAUUCAUCUAUGCCCGAGUGCUAGAAAAAUUCACCGUCAGGCUCUGCAAAGAGGCAUUCAUUCCUGCUCACCGUUUAUGCUGUUGUGGUCCCACUGUGUUUGCUUGCACCCCAUUAUUUAUUCUGUUACAUAAACAUGCCCUCUUGUUUUUUUUUUUUAUUUUAAGCUGCCUCUGUCAGUCUGAUUACUUGUACUUGUUUACAUCGCUGUAUGGAAUGCACAUGAUCACAUAGAUGUUUUUGUACCAUUUCACACCUCGAAGAUCGAGGUGUUCUGUUAAAGCAGGCGCGAAAUCUCACUGCUCGGCACUGCUGUUCAAUAAAACAUUCGUCUUAAGCAAUUGUCACAUCA